GAGAGAGAGAGAAAGAGAGAGAGAGAGAGGCGGAGCAGGACUAAUAUCGGAGCCUAUGUUGAUGAGAUCUCUGUUCUCAUCAGACCAUGAAGUAUGUGUGCGUAUGAUGCUCGCUGAAGGAAGCUCCCAGGCAGUUUAAAUCCAGUGUCACUGAACCAGAACUCGCUGCAAUCCAGUCUCUUCUUGUUAAAGUCUCCGCAUAGAUUGGAAGAAGGAAUAAAUAAAAUGAAGAAGUUUAAGCGUCGAUUCUCACUGUCGGCCCACAGAACAGAAACCAUCGAGGAGUCGCUUGCCGAAUUUCAGGAACAGAUCACUAACCAGAUAAACAACAGGAAGAAUGAUAAUAUUGCACGCGAAAAUCUUCCACUGACGUUGAACGUGCACUCGGACAGAGUUGCACCAGAGGAUGUCCAUUCACCAAAUUCGCUGCACUACAGGAACCAUCGGCAGCGCAGGUUCUCAAUGGAGGACCUGGGCAAGAGGCUGUCACUCCCGAUGGACAUCAGGCUCCCGGAGGAAUUCCUGCAGAGACUGCGACUGGAGAGCUCACCCUUCCCCAAAGCUCAGAGCAGGAGCUCCCGCAGAGCUUCUUUGUCAGACAUUGGAUUUGGGAAGCUCGAGACUUACGUCAAACUGGACAAGCUAGGAGAGGGAACUUACGCCACCGUGUUUAAGGGAAAAAGCAAGCUGACAGAAAACCUGGUGGCAUUGAAGGAAAUCCGACUGGAACACGAAGAGGGAGCACCAUGCACUGCAAUUCGUGAAGUUUCCCUGCUAAAGAAUCUGAAGCAUGCAAACAUUGUCACCCUGCAUGACAUCAUCCACACUGAACGCUCUCUCACCCUGGUGUUUGAGUACUUGGACAGCGACCUAAAACAGUAUAUGGACAACUGUGGGAACAUCAUGAGCAUGUACAAUGUCAAGAUAUUUAUGUUCCAAUUGUUGAGAGGAUUAUCCUACUGCCACAAGCGGAAGGUUCUACAUCGAGACCUGAAGCCACAGAACCUGCUCAUCAAUGAACGAGGAGAGUUAAAAUUAGCUGAUUUUGGUCUGGCAAGGGCAAAAUCUGUCCCUACCAAAACCUACUCAAAUGAAGUGGUGACCUUGUGGUAUCGACCCCCAGAUGUCCUGAUGGGUUCAACUGAAUAUUCCACCCAGAUCGACGUAUGGGGAGUUGGCUGCAUUCUGUAUGAAAUGGCUGCUGGAAGGCCAUUGUUUCCUGGUUCCACAGUGAAGGAAGAAUUACACUUAAUUUUCAGGCUUUUAGGAACUCCCACAGAAGAUACAUGGCCAGGAAUAACAUCAAAUGAAGAAUUCAAAGCUUAUAGCUUUCCUUAUUACCGACCUCAACCAAUGAUAAAUCACGUUCCCAGGCUGGAUCCUGAAGGAUUAGAUCUUUUUUCCAAUCUUUUAUUGUAUGAAGCUAAGAAAAGGAUUUCGGCCGAGGAUGCCCUCCUGCACAUUUAUUUCAAGAGCUUAGGAGAGAGGGUACAUCUUGUCCCAGAUAAUAUCAGUAUUUUUACUUUGAAAGAAAUCCAAUUGCAAAAGGACCCAGGUUACCGAGGGGCUUCAUAUCCGCAGUCUGACAGGGGGAAGAAUCGAAGACAGAGUGUACUAUUCUAGAUGUGCCAGCCGCCACGUUAUGAAGGAACAACAGCUCUUCGUCCUCUUGAAAAGUGUCAUGGAUCAAGGUGAGGCCACAGUCAAACAAGACAAUGGCUUCGUGAGAUCAACAUCAGUAAAAUGUGAUGAAAUGGCAUUGAGAAAUGUCAUCAGCAAGAGGAGGAGCCCAUUCAUCACAUCAACUUUAUGCUGCCGUUGGAUUCUCACUGGUCCAUGCAUAUCAUGCUUCCAUCAAGUCACCUCAGUUCCUUAACUCGUAAUAUCUGGUGAAGCCUGGCCUAAAUGCCACAAACUGUUCCAUUGACUCAAAUUUCCAAAAUACCAAUCUGAACACCUCUUAAUUGUGAGGCUUGGAUACUGUAUCCUAUCAUCUCAGAGCAGCUUUUGUGUUGGAGCUGUCUUCCCAAGACAUCAGGAGAGGUCAGCAUUCACCAGCCCUCUCUUCUAGGCCGAUGGAAGUUUUUCACCUUCAAUUUUCCACCAUGAUGUUUUCAAACGGUGUUGCGAAUAGCGUGGAAGGUUGUUGUAGGUAGGUUGUGAUGAGAUAUUCACAGGAUGCAGAGCUGGGCUGAGAAAUGGCAGAAAAAUAUGAAGUGAUUCACUUUAGAAGGUCAAACUUGAAGGCAGAGUACAGAGUUAACGGCAGGAUUCUUAGCAGUGUGGAGAAGCAGAAGGAAUCUUGGGGUCUAUAUCCACAGACACCUCAAAGCUGCCAUGCAAGUUAAUGGAUGGUUAAGAAGGCAUAUGGUAUGUGGGCAUUCAUUAGUUGGGUGAUUGAGUUCAAGAGCUGAGAUGUAAUGUUGUUUUUCUAAAAGAAAAAGUGCGGUAUUGUGUUCAGUUCUGGUUGCUUCACUGUAGGAAGGAUGGGAAAGCAUUAGAUGUUUACCAGGAUGCUGCCUGGAUAAGAGAGCUUCUCUUUUGAAGAUAGCUUGAGAGAGCUAAGGCUCAUCUCUUAGGCAGAUAAGUGGAAGCUUGAUAGACAUCUAUAAGAUGAUGAGAGACGUACAUAGAGUGGUCAGCAAGUGACUUUUUCCAGGGCAGAAAUAGCUAAUAUGGGAGGACAUGAUUUUAAGGAGGAACGUAAAGGAGGGUGUCCGAAAUAGAUUUUUUACACAGCGUGGUGGGUGCAUUGAGUGCAUUGCUAGGAUUGGUGGUAGAGGCAGAUACAUUAGAGACAUUUAAGCGAGUCUUAGCCAUCCAAUUUUCUUCCAUACUUGUGCCUAUGUGGGAAGAAAGGGAUGGAUCUUAGUGUGGGUUAACCUGUCAUCACAACAUCAUGAGCCGAUUGCACUGUGCUGUACCGUUCUACAUACUAUGCAUGACUGCAUCUUCUGUCUUUGGGUGUGGGGUGGGAGGGGGGAAGACAGGAUGACAUGGAUCACAGUGUGCCUAUGGGCAAAGGCUUAUAAUGAACCCAGGGCCCACAGACUCAUGGCAGGCCAAAGGAAACAAGUGCACCUCAGGCUAUGAAGGUUGCCUGUCGUCUCAGACAUGAAGCAAGUCCGGAGAGCAUGGAACUCAUUGUGAGUCAAGGUUUCAUAGGGUUCUAGCUGAACUGGGCUGCAGCACCCGGGAGAAACAAUCUUAUAUUGGACCUAAUGGACAGGGCCUGAAAUUGUGCCAAGAGUUGCGGGUCCUUCGCAAUUCUGUGCUCAGGGAAUAAAGCUGACUGUGAACACAAGUGAUUCAGGCCAAAAGUAGGCCCAGGGGUUUCGAGCUAACAGUGGGCUUGGGGAUCGUCCAAGCUGAUAGUGGGCUGUAAAGAAAGAGUUGUUUGCCAGAAAUGUUAUUUGACUAACAACACACAUCAAAGUUGCUGGUGAACGCAGCAGGCCAGGCAGCGUCUCUAGGAAGAGGUACAGUUGACGUUUCAGGCCGAGACCCUUCGUCAGGACUAACUGAAGGAAGAGCUAGUAAGAGAUUUGAAAG